CUAAGUCAACAUUCACAUUAUUAAAUUGUCGUUUAAUAUUUCAUUAAAUACGUGAACCGUGAGGGCACGGGAGAUUUUGGUUCCUACUUUCGUACCACAAACUUCUUCUCUCCGGCCUUAUCGUAUCAUGGACCAUGAUAUCAAAUCGGAAAAACCAACCUCACCGUCAACCACCGACCACAUUCCACCGUCCUCCACCGGAAUCCUCCCCUUAACCAACCCUUCAACCACCACCUCCGCCACCACCCACAAAAAACUAACUCUCAUCCCACUCAUCUUCUUAAUCUACUUCGAAGUUGCCGGAGGUCCUUACGGCGAAGAACCAGCAGUUCAGGCGGCCGGCCCACUCUUCGCCAUCAUCGGAUUCCUGGUCUUCCCGUUCAUAUGGAGUAUCCCGGAAGCUCUUGUCACCGCCGAACUCUCCACCACUUUUCCCGGCAACGGUGGUUUUGUCAUAUGGGCGUAUAAAGCAUUCGGUCCCUUCUGUGGGUCCUUAAUGGGUACAUGGAAAUUUCUCACCGGUGUCAUCAACAUCGCAGCAUUUCCGAUUCUAUGCAUCGACUACAUGGAAAAACUAUUUCCGAUCUUCUCCUCCGGCUUACCUCGAACUCUAGCAAUCUUGUUUUCCACUCUCUUCCUCUCUUUCGUCAACUACACCGGUCUGAAUAUCGUCGGUAUCGCCGCCAUCACUCUCGGAGUCAUCUCUCUUCUCCCCUUCAUCCUCAUGUCACUCAUCGCCAUCCCUCAAAUCCAGCCACACAGGUGGCUAAGUUUAGGCCAAAAGGGUGUCAAAAAAGACUGGAACUUGUUCUUCAACACCCUUUUCUGGAACUUAAACUUCUGGGACACCGUGAGUACGAUGGCCGGUGAAGUCGAAAACCCAAAAAAGACUUUCCCCGCAGCACUCUUCUCCGCCGUGAUCUUGACUUGUUUAGCUUAUAUAAUCCCUCUCAUGGCGGUCACCGGAGCUGUUUCAGUAGACCAAAGUGAAUGGGAAUCCGGGUUCAUGGCAGUGGCGGCAGAGAUGAUCUCAGGGAAGUGGUUAAAGAUUUGGGUCGAAAUCGGAGCUGUGUUAUCAGCUAUAGGUUUAUUCGAAGCUCAGUUAAGCAGUUGUUCUUAUCAACUUCUGGGCAUGGCGGAUUUAGGUUUUUUACCAAAGUUUUUCGGCGUCCGAUCAAAAUGGUUCGGCACUCCAUGGGUUGGAAUCUUGUUAUCAACUGCGAUCACAAUCGCCGUUUCUCCAAUGGAUUUCACUGAUAUAGUAGCUUCUGCAAACUUCAUCUACAGUCUAGGGAUGUUGUUGGAGUUUGCAUCGUUUAUAUGGUUAAGAAGAAAGUUUCCGGCGCUGAAACGGCCGUACAAGGUGCCGCUAGGGGUGCCGGGACUGGUGGUGAUGUGCCUUGUUCCGUCGGCUUUCUUGAUCGUGAUCAUGGUUAUUGCUACCAAGAUUGUGUAUUUGGUUAGCGGGUUAAUGACUGUAGGUGCUAUUUUCUGGUAUUUUUUGAUGAAUUAUUGUAAGUCAAAGAAGUGGUUUGCAUUUGCAAAUGGCGAUGAAAUUGAAGGUGAGGAAGAAGUGUCGGCAUCUUGAGAAAUGUUAGGGGUUGUGAUAUGGAUUUGUGAUGAAUACAAAUUUGUCUAUCUUUGAAUUUGGCUCCAUUACUAUGAAACUUAGGUGGGGUAUGUUUGGUGGUGAAUUGGACUAGCUGAUGUUGGCAAAAUGUCAAUUAGAUUUGAAGUGAUUGGUGGCCUUGUCAAGUUUAGUGUGGCUUACCAUUACACUUUAUUUUUAUUAUGUACUAAUUUUAGUUCACGUGUUUAGAUGAUAAUCACAAAAAUAUCCAAAUGAA